UUUCUUCUUGUAGAGUGUGGAGGUGUGUAGUUUUUUUCCUUUCCGAGAUGUCUGGACGUGGAAAAGGAGGCAAAGGCUUGGGGAAAGGAGGCGCCAAGAGGCACCGGAAAGUCCUUCGCGAUAACAUCCAGGGCAUCACCAAGCCGGCCAUCCGCCGUCUGGCUCGCCGCGGUGGCGUGAAGCGCAUUUCGGGCCUGAUCUACGAGGAGACUCGCGGCGUCCUGAAGGUCUUUCUGGAGAACGUGAUUCGCGAUGCAGUCACCUACACCGAACACGCCAAGAGGAAGACUGUCACCGCCAUGGAUGUCGUCUACGCCUUGAAGCGCCAGGGACGCACCCUCUACGGCUUCGGCGGUUAAAACCUUCGAAAACUUAAGCCAUAAUU